CCCAUUUAUUCGCAUCGUCUCUAUCAAAUCGUCGUCUACAGACCUCUAACACGCCCACCACCAUGGUCGCAACAAUCAUGAAAUACAAGGCUGCAGCGGUCAACGCCGAGCCAGGCUGGCUCAAUCUCGAGCUAUCCGUUCAAAAGACUAUCCAUUGGAUCAAUGAAGCAGGCAAAGCAGGCUGCAAGCUCAUCGCCUUCCCAGAGCUCUGGAUCCCAGGCUACCCAUACUGGAUGUGGCGCGUCAGCUACCAGGAAAGCCUCCCUCUGUUGAAGAAGUACCGCGAAAACAGUCUUGCUUCCGACUCCCCAGAGAUGCACCGUAUCCGCAAGGCCGCCAAAGAGAAUGAUAUCUUUGUCUCCCUAGGCUACUCCGAGCUGGAUCUCAACAGCCUCUACACAACACAGGUCAUGAUCGACCGUCGCGGCAACGUCAUUAAUCACCGCCGCAAGAUCCGCGCAACCCAUGUCGAGCGUCUCGUCUUCGGCGACGGCACCGGUGAUACUACCUCCAUGGUCGUUGACACCGAGAUCGGUCGCAUCGGCCACCUCAACUGCUGGGAAAACAUGAAUCCCUUCCUCAAGUCCUAUGCCGUCUCACUCGGUGAACAAGUUCACGUUGCCGCUUGGCCACUGUACCCUCACGCCGAUACUCUCAAGUACCCAGACCCUUACACCAACAUCAGCGAUGCCAAUGCUGAUAUCGUGACUCCGGCCUACGCCAUCGAGACUGGCUCCUUCACUCUCGCUCCUUUCCAGAUGAUCUCUGCAGAGGGUGUCAAGCUCCAGACCCCACCUGGACGUGAGCCUGAAGAUAACCAUAUCUACAACGGCAACACACGAAUCUACGGUCCAGACGGCCAGGGUCUGAUUAAGCGACCUGCAGAAGAUUUCGAAGGACUGGUGUUUGUGGACAUUGACCUUGAUGAGACACAUCUAAGCAAAGCUUUGAAUGACUUCGGGGGACAUUACAUGCGGCCAGAUCUGAUCAGACUGGUAGUCGAUACGGACAGGAAGAACUCAGUUAGUAAAGUCACUGGGUCGGGUACUCACGAAAUCAUCUCGACGCUGGAGAGAGUUGGCUUGAACAAGCCACUUGAAGAGACUGAUGUUGAAGAGAAGCAGUGAAGCACCUCGGAGGAUGAAGAGGAUGCUCGAAGUGGUAGACUAAAGUGGAAAGGUAGAUAGCUGUACAUUAUCCCAACUCUUUCAAUCACGAC